AUGGCAUUCCAGGAACACGCUAUAGCAAAUGAGUCUGCGGUUGUCACCUUCAACGUCACAAAAAGCCGCAGCUUUUCAACGGAGAGCUUCUCGUUUAAAGUUUUUAAACUGUUUUGUUAUUCGCUUGUCUUUGUCUUGGGCGUCUUGGGAAAUGUUCUGGUUUUCCGAAUGGUCAUGAAAAGAAGAAAACUGCGAACUGUUAGUAACCUUUUCAUUUGUAAUCUUGCCGCAGCCGACAUCGCUGUCCUCACUGUGAAUCUUCCAUUUCGCUUGGCAUAUCAAGAAAAUUCUUACAUUUGGCCUUUUGGUGCCGUGUUAUGUAAGACAAUACCGACGUUAGCUUACGUUUUUAUUACCGCUUCAUCGAUGACUUUGGUUCUCAUGACUAUAGACCAAUAUCGAGCUAUAGUCAAGCCUCUGGGUAGAAGAUUUACCGUAAAAACCACCAAAUUUGCCAUUAUGUUAAUCUGGACUUUUUCUGUCCUCAUUGCUCUUCCGUUCAAUUUUGCGCUUAGGGUGGUGAAACGACGGGACAGUCAGCCGGUUUGCACAGACACCUGGCCCAGCGACAAGUUUGAGCAAUUCUACUUUCUGAGCCUAUUUGUGGUGCAGUUUGUUAUACCCAUGACAAUAAUUGUGUGCUGCUAUACCCUCAUAUGCGGCCAUCUUAACUCGAAAACGAGACUAGACCACCUUACAUGCACGUCAACUAGGCAACGCUCAGAUCGAAACAAAAAGGUGAUUAAAAUGUUGGUCGUAAUAGCAGCUGUGUAUGCUCUUUUCACCUUGCCGUAUCACGUAACGUGGCUGUUAAGUGUGUUUGGUUAUCCGAACUCCGUUGCAAAGAAACUUUGCGUUCUGUUAGUAAUAGCAACCAGUGCCGCUCAUCCAAUCAUUUACGGAACGCUGAACCAAGAAUUCAACAAAGGAUUCAAAGCGUUUUUCAGAUGUUUGAGGCAAAAAGAGAAUGACGAGUAUCGGCUGGACAGUACAAUAGCCACCAGGAGAUUGGUUGGAACAACCACACGCACUGAUCACGUGAAAUGGCGAGAUAUUCACAAAAGAAAACAAACAGAGGAGGAUGAAGAAGUUGAGAAACAACUUGUAACUUGCGUAUGAGAGUUGUGGGAAACAGAGAAAGGACGCAGUAAAAUAAUCCCUACCGUCCGAGGAGAGAGAUAGAGGAAAAUCAAUAAAACGAACAAAAAAUAGGUGCGUUCCCUAAAAAAACUCUCAAGUACGUAGGGGAGUAUUUAACAAACGAUAAGAUAUGAACUGUGCUGAAAGAACCCACUGGCAUACAGUCUUUUGCGCGCGGAGGUCAUUGUAACAUUGAAUUAAACUGCAACCUAUAGUGUCCAUAGUUUGACGAUCAUGAUCAUAUUCAAUAUGAUAAGAAAGGAAAUUGUAAACAAACGACUAAAAGAAAAAGAUAAGAGCUGAGUUUUGCUACGAAACGAGAAAUUUAAAUCAAAAACAGUUUUUACCAUAAGAAGACGCUGUCGAAAGCAUUAACUCGAGCCCGCUUGAGGAGUAUACAAGGAAUGAGGAGGCUAG